AUGGAUUUUAUUGUCAAAGCGGACAUACACAUGGUUCGAGAGAUUACUAUGCACGAGGAAUUCGCCCGGACAUCGAUCAACGCCAUGUUUCUCCAUGGCGACAUCCAGGGCACAACUAUGAUUGAGAUAUUGUCACUGUGCACAGGAAUCAGCAACCUUGCCUUGGCGUCGAACACCGAUCCGGUUCACAAGAACCUAUCAUUUCUACAACCAGUCCUGGAUGCCCUCCCCCUUACUGCGCUGCAUCUGCAAAUCGGUUUCACUCUCACUGAUUCUUCGAUCGCCAAUGUCAAUGUCUUCUCUAGACUGACACAUCUUGAUAUCGACGAUCAUGAUUUCUUUCAGCAUGUUCGCAUCGAAUCCUUCCCUCGGCUGACUCACCUUGCUCUCUGGGGUGACUUGAUCCGCAGAGAGAACAAGAUGGCGUCGUCGAUCCAGCGACUUCUCAACCAUCCAACAAUGCAAGUGAUUCUUCUUCGUUCCGAUGAUCACGGCCGAUUGGCAGACUUCCUUGAGGAGCAUGCGUUCAACGAUCCUCGCAUCGUCAUCGGGCCCGAAAAGCAAUAUUCAUGGGAUUUUUUGGGACGCGGAUACAUGUUAUUAUGGGAGAUAGCUGAGGCGAAGGCGAAGAUUCUGGAGCCCAACCACAACAAGCAUCGCUGCUUCCCACCCAGCACUAUCGUCAAUGGAUUGCACCAGUGUAUGGACAUUGAGAGCGUCCGACGACGGGAUGUGAACUUUCAGCUGACUCGGUGCAUCGUAAUUGGGCGAGACAUGAAUGACCGGACAUCUAGGAUGUGCCGGGUUUUUCACCGUUACGGCCCUGAUGAUUGGAGCGAUGAUGACGGGGACGAUGAUUCGAUGUCCAGUGGGGACUCUGACUCUCAUGAUGGAUCGGACGAGGAGUACAGUACAUAG